ACUUGUAUUUAGACUUGUAACGAACUUCCUGGUUGGUAAACAAAGUAUUAGACAAGGUGCUUGCCGCUGUACACGACUAGAUAUGGGAUUUUACCGGUCUCUACUGGUCAUCUGGUCAGUAAUAGCAACAUUGACGGUGGUUAACGCAUCAGUAAACAUCGCCUCUGGUAAAGCCACUAACCAAAGUUCUGUCCUCAAUAACUGGGAUAGCUCUAAAGCCGUAGACGGAUGUGUCCAGACAUCUAUAAUCUCCGACUGCUGUACACACACGGCGGUAGGUCAGACCGAGGCUUGGUGGCAGGUAGAUCUACAGACACAGUCCGUCAUAGACACCGUGACUAUUACAUACAUAGAUCAGAACACACUAAACAGACUCGCCGGAUACGAGAUAUACCUGUCUAAUACACAAGACUGGACAUCAGGAACAAGGUGUCACAAGGACACCACUGCUGACUUGGGGUCCAUGUCUGCGAUACAGAACGUCCAAUGUCCAGGUGUCGCCCGGUAUCUGACCAUCUACAAUGACCGUCGAGUAAAAGCAAAAGUGUGGUACUCGAAUAAUGCUAUACUGGAACUGUGUGAGGUACAAGUUUAUGGUUGUCCAGUUGCGAAGUAUGGAAAUGGAAAUUGCAAUAACGACUGCAUGAACUGCAUAAAUAACACGUGUGACGCAACAUCUGGUACAUGUGACGAAUGCGCAGCUGGAUAUUAUAAAGUAAGUGGAACUUGCAGUCAAUGUCCGGUUAAUUGCGCGGAAACUCAAUGUGACAGUACAAAUGGAGCUUGUUCAGACGGCUGCUCACCCGGAUUUUUAGGCCUAUUCUGUAGAUGUCCAGCGAACUGUAGGGACACUAGCUGCCCUACCAGCCAAUGUACCGACUGUAAUGAUGGAUACUAUGGACCAGCCUGUACACCAUGUCCUGUUGGCUGUAGCAGUGGCACAUGCGACAAAACGUCCGGACAUUGUAACCUAUGCAAUGUUGGAUUUUACGGUAGUUUCUGUAACCAGUCAUGCCCCGCUUACUGCAAAAACAGCGUUUGUAACAAGGACAGCGGUCAGUGUACAGACUGUGAGGAUGGAUACUUUGGACCGUUUUGUGAUGCCUGCACUACUGGUUGCAUGGAUCUUGUCUGUGAAAAAAUAUCCGGAAAUUGUAGUAAGUGCAUCGAUGGAUACCAUGGUAGUACCUGCGAUCAGACGUGCUCUACCAAUUGCAAUAACAACUUAUGUAUCAAAGACAACGGAUUUUGUACAGAAUGUGUUCCCGGGUUAUAUGGAAGCACCUGUGACCAGACGUGUUCCGAUAACUGUAAAGACAACUUGUGUAUCCAAGGCAACGGGUUAUGUACACGAUGUAAACAGGGAUUUCACGGAGGCACGUGUCAACACAUGUGUCCCAUUACUUGUAAGGACAACACAUGCAAUCAGCUCAGUGGACAAUGUGAAGAAUGCGCUGUCGGAUAUCAUGGCAUUAAGUGUGAUGAGAAUUGCCCGUCCAACUGCAAGGAUAAAUUUUGUAACCAGAUUAAUGGUCGGUGUAUAGGAUGUGCAGCAGAAUACCAUGGAAACAAUUGUUCUUUGAGUUGCCCGGACAAUUGCAAGAAUCACAUUUGCAUGCAAGAGAAUGGUCAAUGCAUAGAGUGUGUCUCUGGUUUCCAUGGUAGCAAAUGUGUAGACAGAUGUGGCUACUGUCAAGAUGGGAGAUGUGACAAAAACACCGGGAAUUGUAUGUCAUCAUGUAUAGAUGGGCUGACAGGGGAUAGGUGUGACGUCAAAGUUGUAGUCGUCAAUGUGCCUAGUAAGGGAGAUGACUUCAAACCAGCAGCAAUCGGGAUAGGUAGUGGCUGUGGAGUUGUUAUCGUUGCUCUGGUCAUCGUGAUAAUUGUACAGGCAAGAAGACGACACUCGGAACGUCAGCAGGACCCAACGAGGUCUACCACUAUGGCAGAUAUAUCUCUACCAAGUAUUCGACAAGAGCUACAGGCAGAAACAGACGGUACUUACAACAUUAUAGAUGCCCAGAAGAGAGACGAGAGCACAACGAAUGAAUAUCCGACUGAUGACAAGUAUGAGCGUCUUGGACGAAGGGAAAGGGAAGUUCCACACAUAUACGAGACUUAGUGAUUGCGUACGUACAUAUACGAUCGCAAUAAUGUAUCAACAUCGACAUCGGACAACAGUAAUAUUGUUUAAAAUGUGCAGUUACAUUUAACUUUCAUCUGGCUCGUUGUGAAGGUGUCAGCUGGAUUUUCCUCUGCUACUUUUGAUGAUCUCGGAUAGUCUUUUUGUGAUAGCUUUCAUAACAGCAAGACACAGAAAUGUAUUCAAUGUGGAGUUUUGAAUCGUAGAUGUUUCUAAUUAAUGUUGCCAUGAAGUCUACGAUAUUAUAUAAUAUGUAUUAAAUUGUUAUUUUAACUAAUUUCUCAUGCUUCGUGCAAUGAAGCACAAUAUCAACUUCUAACACCUUUCGGGAAAGCAUUAAAUGGUUGUACAAAAUACCCUUUUAUAUAUUCUCACCCGAUCAGAGUCACACCAAACAUGUACACGAAAACGUUUCCCAGAAAAUAAUCAAAUACACUUGCAUUUCGUGAAUUUUGGCAUUUUUGCUUACAUAUGUACAUGCAAACGACUGACUGUACAUAGAUAGCAGGUCAAAACUGAGAGUUUGAAGUGUAAUAUUAAUGAAAAUAUACAUGUUGUUACCACACAUGUACAUGUGAUUUGUUUUCGAUCUCACCAACGUAAAAAAAUGUAGUUCCAAAUGAAAUACUGCACUUUCUUAAACAGUUUAUAUCGAGUGAAGUAAAAUGAAUUAAUUAGCUUUAUAUAUGCACUUAUAGUCACAUGAAUCCCCUUUAUAUAUUUGUAUAUACCUUAUUCAUAACUGUAUUGAGAAUCAUUAUUUUGAUUUAUAGGUAUGCAUAUUGACGACGUCAUACAUUAUGACUUGUGUGACGACGUCAAUAUGCAUUUGUCUUAAUCAUUUUGUUUUCAGCAUUGUUUAAAAAUCCCCUAUUCUUUUAAUAAGCAAUUAAGGAAAAAGGUUUUAAGCUGUUUUUUCAUGUGCGUUCAUAUUAGCACAGCUUUUGUUUAUAUUUUGCUUGAACUAAAUACGCGACUGAUACAUUAAUUAUAAAAAUCAUCGUACAUGUGAUGUAUUUCAGAAUGCACUUGUUUCUUAAUGUUCUUUUUCCACGAUGUGAAUAACUCAAAUAAAGAGAGUUGCGCUACUUCAUUUGCAUAUAAAAAAUCUACACCAAAUAUUUGUUUUAUG